GCGUCGUGCUCUCAGUCGCUAGCACGCUCGCGUUUGCUCUCCCACUUGCUCGCUUCCUCAGCGGCCGCUCACCCUCGCCCCGCCCCGUCCCGUGCGGGACUUGCCUCGCGGGCUCCCCGCGCCGCCUGUUCCGCAGCCGGCGGCGGAUUGAGCGCUGAACCUGCGCUGCGCGCCGGUGGCCGGGACGCCCCCGCCGAGCGCCGUGCCUCGGCUCCCGGGCCGCCUUCGCCGCGCGGAGAGUGCACCCAGAGGACGCGAGGUAGGACUGUCUGCAUGUGGACACCAUGUGACUUCUGCCCCCUUCCUUCUGCUCCCUUAGCCUCCUGCUUCACAGGCACUGAAAGAUCAGUGUGAAGAUUCAGGUGUCCUCCAGAAGUUCAUGGGUUCUUACCAGAUUCUCCUCUUUACCCUCUUUGCGGUGUUGGCAUCAACAGCUUUCCUCUUUCUAGGCACCGGCCAGGUGGCUGCCAGAUCAGCUGCCCCUGCUGCAGUCCAGAACACUUCAGGAGUGUCCCGGCUGAGGGCUCCCCACGGUGAGGCAGACCUCCAGGACUUCUUUCCUUGUCCUCUCAGCCCAGUUACCACGACACACAGCAGAGGAGACACUGACCAUGGGGGAUGUGAAGCUGGCUGCCUCGAUACACGUUUCCAAAACCUCCCUCACCGUGGAUCCCUCGAGAGUCGGCUCCAUGCCCCUGACCGAGGCCCCUGCUUUCAUUUUGCCCCCUCGGAACCUCUGCAUCAAGGAAGGGGCCACCGCCAAGUUUGAAGGGAGGGUCCGGGGUUACCCAGAGCCCCAGGUGACAUGGCACAGAAACGGGCAACCCAUUGCCGGUGGGGGCCGCUUCCUGCUGGAUUGUGGUACCCGGGGGACUUUCAGCCUUGUGAUUCAUGCUGUCCGUGAGGAGGACAAGGGAAAGUAUACCUGUGAAGCCACCAAUGGUAGUGGUGCCCGCCAGGUGACAGUGGAGUUGACGGUAGAAGGGGGCUUUGUGAAGAAGCAUAGUCAGCCUCUUGUUUCCAAAACCUUGGGGGACAGAUUUGCAGCCCCUGCGGUGGAGACCCGUCCUAGCAUCUGGGGAGAAUGCCCACCAAAGUUUGCUACUAAGCUGGGCCGAGCGGUGGUCAAAGAAGGACAGAUGGGGCGAUUCUCCUGCAAGAUCACUGGCCGGCCCCAGCCACAGGUCUCCUGGCUCAAGGGAGAUGUUCCCCUGCAGCCCAGUUCCCGUGUGUCUAUGUCUGAGAAGAAUGGGGUGCAAGUCCUGGAAAUCCACGAGGUCAACCAAGAUGACGUGGGAGUGUACACGUGUAUGGUGGUGAACGGGUCAGGGAAGGCCUCCAUGUCUGCUGAGCUCUCCAUCCAAGGCUUGGACAAUGCCAAUAGGUCGCUUGUGAGAGGAACAAAAGUGGCCAAUUCAGACAUCAGGAAGGAAGUGACCAAUGGAAUCGCUCAGGGGCUGAAACUGGAUGGCCUGGAGGCUGCAGCUGAGAGUAAGAACUGCUCCAGCAUCCAGAGAGGUGGCUCCCCGACCUGGGCCACGGGGAGCCAGCCUCAGCCCCCUAGGGAAUCUGAGCCGGAGCCAUCGGGGGACUCGCCCGGAAAGGCCCUGAGGACCCCCGUCCUGCAGAAGACUUCCAGCACCAUCACCCUGCAGGCGGCAAAAGCGCAGCUGGCACCGAGAGUGCCAGUCUCGGGUGCCCUGUCUCCUUCCAGAGAAGAGAGGGACAAGCCAGCUGCUCGCCCUCCAGCCGCCCUCCACACCAGGCAGGGUGGCCUGGGAAGCCAAGACACUGUGAGCCAGGUUGCUACCCGGAAGGUCCCCACGGAGGGCCAGGGGGACACAACAUUCCCCAAAUUUGAGAGCAAGCCCCAAAGCCAGGAAGUCAGUGAGGAUCAGCCAGUCAAGUUCAGAUGCGAGGUUUCAGGGAUCCCGAAGCCCGAAGUGACCUGGUUCCUGGACGGUUCCCCCUUGAGGAGAAGAGAAGGCACCAUCGAGGUUUAUGAAGCUGGGGGGACCCAUUACCUCUGCCUCCUGAGAGCCCGGGCCAGGGACAGUGGGAACUACAGCUGCACAGCUGCCAAUGUCCGAGGCCGGGUGUCCUGUGGCUGGACCCUCCUGGUGAAAAGGCUGGCUGUGAUGGAGGCGGCCCCCUCAUUCUCCAGUGUCCUAAAGGACUGCACUGUCGUUGAGGGCCAGGACUUCGUGCUGCAGUGCUCGGUGCAGGGGACCCCGGUGCCCCGAAUCACUUGGCUGCUCAAUGGGCAGCCCAUCCAGUAUGCUCACUCCACCUGCGAGGCUGGCGUGGCUGAGCUCCACAUCCAGGAUGCCCUCCCAGAGGACGAUGGCACCUACACCUGUCUGGCCGAGAACACCUUGGGGCAGGUGUCCUGCAGCGCCCGGGUCACUGUCCAUGAAAAGAAGAGUGACGAGAAGAGUGAGUACCUCCUGCCCACGGCCUCCAGCCAGCCCGUCGCGCCCCUCUUCCUGCAGGGCCUCUCUGAUCUCAGAGUCAUGGACGGGAGCCAGGUCACCAUGACAGUCCAGGUGUCAGGGAACCCACCCCCUGAGGUCAUCUGGCUUCACAACGGGAAUGAGAUCCAGGAGUCAGAGGACUUCCACUUUGAACAGAGAGGCACUCAGCACAGCCUUUGUAUCCAGGAAGUGUUCCCGGAGGACACGGGCACUUACACCUGUGAAGCCUGGAACAGCGCAGGAGAGGUCCGCACCCAGGCCGUGCUCACAGUGCAAGAGCCUCAGGAUGGCACCCAGCCCUGGUUCAUCAGCAAGCCCCGCUCAGUGACAGCCUGCCUGGGCCAGAGCAUCCUCAUCUCCUGUGCCAUAGCUGGGGACCCCUUCCCCACUGUGCACUGGCUCCGGGACGGCAGAGCCCUCUCCAAAGACACUGGCCACUUCGAGGUGCUGCAGAAUGAGGACGUGUUCACCCUGAUUCUAAAGAACGUGCAGCCCUGGCAUGCCGGCCAGUAUGAGAUCCUGCUCAAGAACCGGGUUGGUGAAUGCAGUUGCCAGGUGUCACUGAUGCUACAGAGCAGCCCUGCCAGAGCUAUCCCGCGGGGGAGGGAGCCUGCCAGCGGUGAGGGCCUCUGCAGCCGGGGAGCUGGCGCUGAUGGUGGUGGCGGUGGCGGCUACGGGAGCCUGAGGCCCGGCUGGCCAGCAGGAGGGCAGGGCGGGCCCGACGAGGGAGACGGCGAGGGCGUGCGCGGGGUGCUCACGAGGCGCGUGGAGACGCGACAGCACACCGAGGAGGCCAUCCGCCAGCAGGAGGUGGAGCAGCUGGACUUCCGCGACCUCCUGGGCAAGAAGGUGAGUACCAAGACCUUGUCUGAAGAGGACCUGAAGGAGAUCCCAGCCGAGCAGAUGGAUUUCCGCGCCAACCUGCAGCGGCAGGUGAAGCCGAAGACUGUGUCGGAGGAAGAGAGGAAGGUGCAUAGCCCCCAGCAGGUGGACUUCCGCUCUGUCCUGGCCAAGAAGGGGACUCCCAAGACCCCUGUGCCUGAGAAGGUGCCACCUCCAAAACCUGCCACCCCAGAUUUUCGCUCGGUGUUGGGCAGUAAGAAAAAAUUACCUGCAGAGAAUGGCAGUAACAACUCUGAAGCCUUGAAUGCCAAGGCAGCAGAAGGUCCCAAGCCUGUAGGCAAUGCCCAGCCUUCAGGGUUUCUGAAAACCGUGGGCAAUGCCAAGCCGGCCGACACCCCCAAACCCAUGGGCAAUGCCAAGCCGGCCGAGACCUCCAAACCCUUGGGUAAUGCCAAGCCGGCCGAGACCCCCAAACCCAUGGGCAAUGCCAAGCCGGCCGAGACCCCCAAACCCAUGGGCAAUGCCAAGCCGGCCGAGACCCCCAAACCCGUGGGUAAUGCCAAGCUGACUGAGACCCCCAAACCCGUGGGCAAUGCCAAGCCGGCUGAGACCCCCAAACCCUUGGGUAAUGCCAAGCCGGUCGAGACCCCCAAACCCUUGGGUAAUGCCAAGCUGACUGAGACCCCCAAACCCUUGGGUAAUGUCAAGUCAGCUGAGACCCCCAAACCCUUGGGCAAUGCCAAGUUGUCCGAGGCCCCAAAACCAGCUGGAAACGAAGAACUUAAGAAGGAGGUUAAGAAUGAUGUGAACUGCAAGAGGGGCCAUGCAGGGUCCACAGAUAAUGAAAAAAGACCCGAGAGCCAAGGGACAGCCCCAGCCUUCAAGGAGAAGCUACGAGAUCUCCGUGUGGUGGAGGGUGCGAAACUGCUGCUCCAGUGCCAGGUGUCCUCUGACCCCCCGGCCACCAUCACCUGGACACUGAAUGGAAAGACGCUCAAGACGACCAAGUUCAUUGUCCUCUCCCAAGAAGGCUCACUGUGCUCCGUCUCCAUUGAGAAGGCACUGCCCGAGGACAGGGGCUUAUACAAGUGCGUAGCCAAGAACAGCGCCGGCCAGGCUGAGUGUUCCUGCCAAGUCACCGUGGACGAUGCCCCCACCAGUGAGAACGCCAAGGCCCCGGAGAUGAAAGCCCGGAGGCCAAAGAGCUCUCUUCCUUCCAUGCUAGGAACGGAGAGUGAUGCAACUGUGAAAAAGAAACCUGCCCCCAAGACACCUCCGAAGGCAGCCGUGCCCCCGCAGAUCAUCCAGUUUCCUGAGGACCAAAAGGUGCGCGCAGGAGAGCCUGUGGAGCUGUUUGGUAAAGUGACCGGCACCCAGCCCAUCACCUGCACCUGGAUGAAGUUCCGAAAGCAGAUCCAGGAGAGUGAGCACAUCAAGGUGGAGAACAGUGAGAAUGGCAGCAAGCUCACCAUCCGGGCUGCACGCCAGGAGCACUGUGGCUGUUACACUCUGCUGGUGGAGAACAGGCUGGGCAGCAGGCAGGCCCAGGUCAACCUCACCGUUGUGGACAAGCCGGACCCCCCGGCCGGCACGCCUUGUGCCUCUGACAUUCGGAGCUCCUCGCUGACCCUGUCCUGGUACGGCUCCUCGUACGAUGGGGGCAGCGCUGUACAGUCCUACAGCGUCGAGAUCUGGGACUCGGCAGACAAGAAAUGGAAGGAACUAGCCACAUGCCGCAGCACCUCUUUCAACAUCCAGGACCUGCUGCCUGACCGAGAGUAUAAAUUCCGUGUGCGCGCGAUCAACGUCUAUGGAACCAGUGAGCCGAGCCAGGAGUCUGAACUCACAGUGGUGGGAGAGAAACCUGAGGAGCCGAAGGAUGAAGUGGAGGUGUCAGAUGAUGAUGAAAAGGAGCCCGAGGUUGAUUACCGGACCGUCACAGUCAAUACUGACCAGAAAGUGUCUGACUUCUACGACAUCGAAGAGAGAAUAGGAUCUGGGAAAUUUGGACAGGUCUUUCGACUUGUAGAAAAGAAAACUGGAAAAAUCUGGGCAGGGAAAUUCUUCAAGGCGUAUUCAGCAAAAGAGAAAGAGAACAUCCGGCAGGAGAUCAGCAUCAUGAACUGCCUCCACCACCCCAAGCUGGUCCAGUGUGUGGAUGCCUUCGAGGAGAAGGCCAACAUCGUCAUGGUCCUGGAAAUCGUGUCCGGGGGUGAGCUGUUUGAGCGCAUCAUCGACGAGGACUUCGAGCUGACCGAGCGGGAGUGCAUCAAGUACAUGAGGCAGAUCUCGGAGGGGGUGGAGUACAUCCACAAGCAGGGCAUUGUCCACCUGGACCUCAAGCCCGAGAACAUCAUGUGUGUCAACAAGACGGGCACCAGGAUCAAGCUCAUCGACUUCGGUCUGGCCAGGAGGUUGGAGAACGCGGGGUCUCUGAAGGUCCUCUUUGGCACCCCAGAGUUCGUGGCACCUGAAGUGAUCAACUAUGAGCCCAUUGGCUACGCCACAGACAUGUGGAGCAUCGGGGUCAUCUGCUACAUCCUGGUCAGUGGACUGUCCCCCUUCAUGGGUGACAACGAUAACGAAACCUUAGCCAACGUCACCUCCGCCACCUGGGACUUCGACGACGAGGCCUUCGAUGAGAUCUCUGAUGACGCCAAGGAUUUUAUCAGCAGCUUGCUGAAGAAAGAUAUGAAAAACCGCUUGGACUGCACCCAGUGCCUUCAGCAUACAUGGCUAAUGAAAGACACCAAGAACAUGGAGGCCAAGAAACUCUCCAAGGAGCGGAUGAAGAAGUACAUGGCAAGAAGAAAAUGGCAGAAAACGGGCAAUGCUGUGAGAGCCAUUGGAAGACUGUCCUCUAUGGCAAUGAUCUCAGGGCUCAGUGGCAGGAAAUCUUCAGCAGGGUCACCAACCAGCCCACUCAAUGCAGAAAAACUAGAGUCUGAAGAAGAUGUCUCCCAAGCUUUCCUUGAGGCUGUCGCUGAGGAAAAGCCCCAUGUAAAACCCUACUUUUCUAAGACCAUUCGUGAUUUAGAAGUUGUGGAGGGAAGCGCUGCUAGAUUUGACUGCAAGAUCGAAGGAUACCCAGACCCUGAGGUCGUCUGGUUCAAAGAUGACCAGUCAAUCAGGGAGUCCCGCCACUUCCAGAUAGACUACGACGAGGAUGGGAACUGCUCUUUAAUCAUUAGCGAUGUUUGCGGGGAAGAUGAUGCCAAGUACACCUGCAAGGCUGUCAACAGUCUUGGAGAAGCCACCUGCACAGCAGAGCUCAUUGUGGAAACCAUGGAGGAAGGAGAAGGGGAAGGGGAAGGGGAAGAAGAAGAGGAGGAAGAAUGAGACAACGCCAGAGAGAAGCAGUUUCUAAGUCAUAUCACAAAGACUAUCUAUCUCUCUAAAGCUCAAAAAACCCAAGACAGUAAAAGCACCUAGUGUGAUAGAUUAUUUAGUUAGGUCAUUUGGGGGUUGAUUCUUCAGCAGUAGUGGUUGACACCCAGCAGCAUUACUGAGGGGCAUUAAUUUAAAUUAGCUGGCACCUUAAGAUUCUAGUACAGCUACAUUUCAUUUUGGGAAAUUACCAGUAACUUGCCUGACCAACCAAUUUUAGAGAAAAAGUAACCAGAAGGAAGCUUUAUCUGGGCAAAGUCAUAUAAAUUCUCCAACUGAAAGCACUCAUGAAAAAACAAGGUCACAGCCCUGUCCAGAGGGUCCCUGGAGAUGGGGGUCUCUCCCAGCUCCUAUUCCAGAGAACCGGGUCUUCACCAGUCCUGUAGCACUUCAUUCUGCAGGCAGUUGAGCCAUUUUAACUUACGAGGCACAAUAUUUCCAAAGUAUACUAUAGACAUUUGAACUUUUCAUUUCCAUCCCCUGUUCUACCUGCCAGUUUUUCUGGAUCUGGACUUGCCAUAAGUUUAAGCAUUAGGGACAUUACACUUCUUAGAUUCUGAAGACACGUCUCCCGCUCAUGGAUGACUGGCUUCCUUAGGAAAAGCAAUCUCCUUUCUUCCAAAAUCAGUAGGAAAUCUAAACUUAUCCCCUCUUUGAAGAUUUCUAGAAGCUUGAGACAUUUUUAUAGGAACCUAUGGAAAAAAAUCCUUGUUAAUGUGUUUUUCUGAAACCAGGAUUCAUACCUGCGCUGUUUUAGGAUAUCAGCUCUGCAUGUGUGGUAAAGAUUUUUGUGUUUGAAUGUAUGAAAAAACAGUUUGCUGAAAAGUUAGUCUUAAUUAUUUAUUGGCCACUAUGAAAUAGAUUUCAGCUAUAGAACUCCACAUACUUUGGAAUCUCAUUCAGGAUAGUCUGAGUUUAAUAUACCUUCAUUUUUAAACAUGCUCCAGAGAACUCUACUUACCUUAUGGAUUCCACAAGACUUUUCUUCUUGAAUGUGCAUCAAUCAUGCCUUGCCCCCCAACCUUGAAAUAUAUUCUUAACCUUUUAAAUGCACUCAGACUUGCAUCUUUAGGAAUUUUUAACUUUCUUUCACUACAUUGGCACUUAAAUUUUUCUUUAUAAAACUUUUUGAAGGGCAUAAACAAAGACCAUAAACUGAUAUGCCUAAUACAUUUCCUCUGUGUGUGUGUAACAUUCCAAAUACUUUUAUCUUUUCCACUGUUUGUAAAGCGCAGCAGUUUAAUAUUUCAAGGGACUUUCUGAGAGUUCCUUAAGAACCAAUUUUAAAUUACUUCAGUGCAAUCCUACACAGUAUCAACAUUAGAAUUUUGAUGUUACUUAGUCUUAUGUUAUCUUCCAUUCUAUUUUUAUCUGCUUCUUGCUGCUAGUUUCAAAUUGCCAGUAUUUUCCUUUUUGCUUUUUAAGCAGUUACAACAUUUUUCAUAUAGCCACAGUAUUGCCACAGUUUAUUAUAAUAAAGUGUUUUAAAUUUGAUUUAGAGCAUUCAAUGCUUUUCUUCAUCACUUUUGAUUGUGUUUAGACUAUAAUCUUUGUGUGCAUGUAUGCUGUAUAUGUGCGCGCAUGCGUGGUGUGUAUGUUUGUUUACAGGUUUUUUGAUGCCUUCUGGAAGUUGUGUUAAUGUUCUCCCAGUUUAUUAUGCCAUCAGAAUGGUAAAUGAGAACACUACAACUGUAGUUAGCUCACAAUUUUUAAAUAAAGGCUACCACAGUGCA